AUGAGGGUUCUUUCUACUACUCUGCUGGUCGGAGCUGCCUCUGCUGCGGUCUCACCCAUGCAACAGGUCAUGGGUGGUCACCGUGAGCAAGUCGAAUCCUUAGCCAAGCAAGGUGCAGAUGUCCUGUCCAAGCCGCUCCAGAAGAUUCAGGAUGCUUAUAAGACUCUCACCGAUGAGGGCCGUGAGCUUUGGAGGGAGGUUUCAAACCUCUACCCAGAAGGCUUGGACCACUCUCCGAUGCUCUCGCUGCCCAAGAAGCACACUCGCCGCCCUGACUCCCAUUGGGACCACGUUGUUCGUGGUGCAGAUGUCCAGAACAUCUGGGUUGAGGGUGCUAGUGGUACUAAAGAGCGUGAUAUUGAUGGCAAGUUGGAGUCCUAUGAUCUCCGUGUGAAGAAGGUGGACCCAAAGGCUCUGGGUGUUGACCCUGACGUCAAGCAGUACAGUGGUUACCUCGACGACAAUGAGAACGACAAGCAUCUUUUCUAUUGGUUCUUCGAGUCCCGCAAUGACCCUGAGAACGACCCCGUCGUCCUGUGGUUGAAUGGUGGCCCUGGCUGCUCUUCCCUCACUGGAUUGUUCAUGGAACUUGGACCCAGCUCCAUCAACGCUAAGAUCAAGACUGUCUAUAACGAAUUCUCCUGGAAUGCCAAUGCCUCUGUCAUUUUCCUUGACCAGCCCGUCAACGUUGGUUACUCUUACAGUGGCUCCAGUGUCAGCGACACUGUUGCCGCUGGCAAGGACAUUUAUGCUCUUCUGUCCCUGUUCUUCAAGCAGUUCCCCCAGUAUGCCAAGCAGGACUUCCACAUCGCUGGUGAAUCCUAUGCUGGUCACUACAUUCCCGUCUUCGCGUCGGAGAUUCUCUCCCACAAGAAACGCAACAUUAACCUGAAGUCUGUGCUCAUUGGAAACGGUCUGACCGACGGCUUGACCCAGUAUGAGUACUACCGCCCCAUGGCUUGCGGUGAGGGUGGUUACCCCGCUGUCCUUGAUGAGGGUACCUGCCAGUCCAUGGACAACGCUCUGGGCCGCUGCCAGUCGAUGAUCGAGGCCUGCUACAAUAGCGAGAGUGCUUGGUCUUGUGUCCCCGCCUCCAUCUACUGCAACAAUGCCUUCAUGGGCCCCUAUCAGCGCAGUGGCAUGAACCCCUACGAUGUCCGCACCAAGUGUGACGGUGAAUCCAGCCUAUGCUACAAGGGCAUGAACUACGUCACCGACUACCUUAAUCAAGCCGAUGUUCGUGAGGCUCUUGGUGCCGAGGUUGAUAGCUAUGAUUCUUGCAACUUCGACAUCAACCGUAACUUCCUGUUCCACGGAGAUUGGAUGAAGCCCUACCACCGCCUAGUCCCUGGUAUACUCGAGCAGAUCCCCGUCCUCAUCUACGCUGGUGAUGCCGAUUUCAUUUGCAACUGGCUUGGUAACAAGGCCUGGACUGAGGCUCUUGAGUGGCCCGGCAAGGCUAAGUACGCUGCUGCCAAGUUGGAGGAUCUCAACAUCGAGCAGAACGAGAACAAGGGCAAGAAGAUCGGUGAGGUCAAGUCUCAUGGCAACUUCACCUUCAUGCGUAUCUUCGGUGGUGGUCACAUGGUUCCCAUGGACCAGCCGGAGUCCAGCCUUGAGUUCUUCAACCGCUGGUUGGGUGGCGAGUGGUUCUGA